AGUCCCGCGCCACAUUUGAACGGCAUAGUUUACAGUGAAAUUUAGCAAAUAUGGCUCUUCCUUCAGAAAAAGUUCAUGAACUCAAGCAGAUCAUUCACAGUCAUGUAUCCCAAAUGAACGUGCAUUCUAGGAUCAGGGACUGCGUGGAUGAAUCGUUCCGCGGGGAAGAGGCUGAAAGUGCAGGAAUCGACGAAGCAGGACUAUUGAACGCAUUGAAAGAACGAGGCAUCGUUGAUGAUGUGAUGAAUACGCUUAAGUUCGAAGGUCUUGAAAGAGAUCCUGGACGAUCAAAGGAUAAAAGGAGGGUGAAUGCCUUAGAGGAAGUCCCAGCAAGGGUUGGUGUGGAUCCCACCAGGCGUUACCUAUACCUGCAAGUGUUAGGAGGCAAAGCAUUUUUAGAACAUCUGCAGGAUCCUGAACCACUGCCAGGAAAAGUCACAUCCACAUUUACUUUGUAUGUUCACUUUAAAGGACAACGAUUUAAGUCCAGACCUGUUCCUUGUGCUUGUGAACCAGACAUUAAUGAAGGAUUUUUGCUGGAACUACAAAAGGAUGGUGGCAAAAUGGCUGAUGCAGCAACUCUUCUAUCAAUCUCAGAUUACAUUCACUUAGUCCUUAUUAAAACAGAUCCUUCAGGUGACACAACAUUGAUUGGUUCGCAUUUCCUUCCAUGGAGAGACAUUCUGUCUGCAGCAAAUGGAAGGUUAACAUCUGCCGUGGAAAUUAAUGGUGUAGGGGCAGAGGCUAAAGUGCCGAUGGGAAUACUAGAGAUUAAGUUUGAAAUAAUUCCAAGAUUAAGUCAGAUCAUAACAAAAGAGGUAAUCUCAGCACAAGUGAACUUGGAACACUCCAGAAUAGCAGAAAGAGAGAGACUUUUCUUGGUAUAUGCAAAACAGUGGUGGAAGGAAUUUCUACAGAUACGUGCCUCUCAUGGUAACAGACUUGUGAAGAUUUUUGCUCAAGAUGAGUGUGGUACCAAUCGUCCUGUCUGCUCAUUUGUGUGUCCUCUCCGCGCAGGGAGAUUACUUGAUAGCCCUCGGCAGGCUGCCAGGUUUGUCAGUCUAUUAGGGUAUGAGCAUACGCCAUCUGUUGGUGGUGGAAGGGCAGAGAUGUGGAGCAGUUUGCAUGCAUUUCUCUGCAAAGGAAAAGGGGAUUGUGAGGAUCAUGCAGUUCUGUUGUGCAGUCUUCUUCUGGGUUUUGGCCUCAAUGCAUUUGUCUGUGUGGGCACCAAGGGAAAAGGUGCUGCCCAUACCUGGGUUAUGACAAUCAGCCCUGAGGGAGAAGUCACCUUUUGGGAGAGUUUGACAGCUCACAGAUACGCUCACCGCCCAGUGAACCCUGAUGACCCCCCAGCUCUCAAACAGUCCCGCCCUGAUCAUCCUUACAGAACUGUAGGGUGUGUUUUUAAUCAUCGCACCUUUUACGCAAACAGUCAGCCAACAGAUUCUGUUGAAGUUUGUCAAUUUGAACUUCAGAAUGAAGCUCGGUGGAAGUGUAUGAGCGAAGAGGCGUUACGAUCCGUGUGUGGGCCUAAAAUAUUGCCCAGCGGCCCAGUCUUCCCUCCCCUGUAUCCUUCUGGUGUUGACUCAUCCCUGGUUAGUAAUGACAUGGAGCACGAGCUAAGGAGUUUGGUAACGGAUCAUAGAAGGGAUUUGGGCUUAAACACUGCAUGGGAUGACGAGUUGAGUUACAUUCUCACACCGGCUCUCGCUGCUUAUGAAUUGGAGCACAGCACGGGUGUUUCCGCCGGAAACGAAGAGUUUCAACAAGCCAUAAGACGAGCAAUUCCUGACGGUCACACUUUCAAAGGGUUUCCCAUCCAGUUUGUGCAUCGUAACGCAAGACGGGCAUUUGCCACGUGUCUGAGGUCACCGGUAUGUGAAGAGAUCAUUUGCUGCCGCGGUGAUCACGUGAGAUUGGCAGUUCGAGUCCGAGUGUUCACCUACCCUGAAGGCGCUUGCGCAGUAUGGAUCAUGUUCGCUGUCAGAUAUCGAUCAAUUUUGUAGAUAAAAUGAGAUUAUAAUUUUAGUUUUUAAAUAAAGCACUUAGUCAUCCACCACAAUUUAACUCCCGAGGCGCCUCAAGUCUACGACUUAAUAUCUUCUGGCCGGGCCAGCCGUGUUUAGACUGCGGUUUUCUUGGAACACGGGCUCUUAUUACAGCUGGAAAUGGAAUCGACAGAGCCUUGGUUUCGCUAGAGAGGGCAACUUGUCUUACCAUUUAUUCCUUUUAUCGGAGAGAAAAGGAUAUCAACCGCUCAGCUACGGAAUGGCUUCUUUGUCUCGGAAAAACUAACCAUAAACUUGUUAUUUAUUAUUUCCUCCGCUUUGUCUUGUCUUUUUACCGAACAAACUUUACGGAAGGAGAAACGGCGAGAGGAGAAAAGUUUUCCAACUCAUUUAACACGAUAGGUGAAUCUCUGUUGACAAGUAUCUCCAUAUUUCCAUACACGUUUCUUUCCCUGAGAGAAUGACAAAGUCAGUUCCGAAUCUUUUAAAAGCCAUAAAACAGACACCACCUGCAUAAUUUGUUUUUUGUUCAGAGCGAUGCUAUGAGGUUAAAAUUAUAAUUUUAAGAAUAUAUAGACCCAUUAACACUGGUAACAACCAGAAUGACUGAUAUCCAUAAGCAUUAUGAACCUAGAGCUGAAUUUUACGACUGCUAAGUAAGUAAAACGUUUCCUGUAAAGUCAUUCUAUUCUAAAAAUGAUUCCGUUUUUAAGUUCCAGUUCAGAUGUCGUGCCCCCUUCGUGUCGAACUUAAUUCAGCAAUUAAGUUCGAUAAAAGCGCGGUAGAAGCACAGUGUCUGAACGAAACUUUUUAAUUAAGUUCGGCGAAGCAAUCAAGUUCGACAAGCUUCUCCGUGCUACACGAUCCUGACAGGAAAGCGACUCAAACAUCAUGCCUCUGCCUAGCCAAACAACAUUCAUAUAUUAUAUUUAAUGCAUUUUGGUAGGAUUGUCACGUAGCUUCAGUAAAUCCUGAAUUUCGUACGACUCUAGCCAGAUGUCUAAAUUAGAGUCGUGCUUCUGCCGUGCUACGGUCGAACAUAAUUACAAGAAAGUUCGGCACAGCAGAAGUACGACGCCUGAACUGGACCUAAGUCGCUUUGUAAACUCAUGACGAGUGAAAUUGAGACAAUGACGUCAGUAGAAUUCGCCUCAAGCUGGUACUGGUAAUGAUUUCCCUACACGCUUAUCGCUGCUUAUUGGAGGAAAACGUUUUUAAGACAUUAUGGCAUAAUAAUACUCCCUGGCGCCUCUAGGUAACCAGAGAUCAGUCACAUUGUUGACUGAAACUUGAGUUAAGCUCACUUCUAGACAAAUUGUGUCUGUGUAUUGAAUAUGUAUAUAGUUCAU